CCAGGAGCAUCCCCUGGGAUUGGGGAGCCUCAGGAUGGGCUCUCUGGGCUGAUCCAUGUGCUCUCUCCCAGCAGCUCCAGGGCCAGCAUGGCCGCGACUGCCGCCGUCAGCCCCAGCGAGUACCUGCAGCCCGCGGCCUCCGGCACCCAGGACUCCCAGCCCUCUCCCCUGGCCCUCCUGGCAGCCACAUGUAGCAAGAUCGGCCCCCCCGCCGUGGAGGCCGCCGUGACCCCCCCGGCUCCCCCCCAGCCCACGCCCCGCAAGCUGGUGCCCAUCAAACCCGCCCCGCUGCCCCUGGGCACCGCCAAGAGCAGCAUCGGCAUCCUGUCCUCCAAAGGGAACCUCUUCCAGAUCCAGGGCUCCCAGGUGGGCACCUCCUACCCGGGGGGGCAGCUGGUCUUCGCCAUCCAGAACCCGGCCGUGCUCAACAAGGGCUCCCGCUCGUCCUCCUCGUCCUCCUCCUCGCCCUCCUCGUCCUCCUCCUCCUCCUCCAGCCUGCAGUACCAGGCGGUGCCCGGCGGGGCUCAGGCCAUCCAGGUGCAGCCCAACCUGGCCAACCAGAUCCAGAUCAUCCCGGCCACCAACCAGGCCAUCCUGGCACCUUCCUCCUCCUCCACCACCUCUUCCUCCUCCUCCUCCUCCUCCUCCUCCUCCUCCUCGUCCUCCUCCUCCUCUCACAAGCCCGUGCCCAUCAAACCUGCCCCGGCGCAGAAGGCGGCGGCGCCGGGCGCGGCCGGCGUGGUGAAGUUCCCGGGUGGCGGCAACGUGACCCUGAGCCUGGCGGGCAGCGGCGUGGUGUGCCCGGAGCAGGGCGCCCCGGCCCAGCUGCUCGCGGACAGCCCUUCCAAAGCGGGCAAAAAGCCCCGCAAAAAGGCCGCGUCCCCCGCCCAGCCCCCCGCCGUGGCCGUGGCCGAGCAGGUGGAGACGGUGCUGAUCGAGACGACGGCCGAGAACAUCAUCCAGGCCGGCAGCAACCUGCUGAUCGUGCAGAGCCCCGGCGCGGGGCAGCCGGCCGUGGUGCAGCAGGUGCAGGUGGUGCAGCAGCCCAAGCAGGAGUCGCAGGUGGUGCAGAUCCCGCAGCAGGCCCUGCGCGUGGUGCAGGCGGCCUCGGCCACGCUGCCCACCGUGCCCCAGAAAUCCUCCCAGAACUUCCAGAUCCAGGCGGCGGAGCCCACUCCCACCCAGGUCUACUUCAAAACCCCCUCAGGGGAGCUGCAGACCGUGGUGCUCCAGGAGGCCUCAGCCAUGGCCGUGGCUCCGUCGGGAUCGUCCUGCAGCAGCCCCGUGUCCCGCAGCCCUGGCCCGGGGGGCUCCCGGAAACCCCAAACCCGCAAGGAGCGCCCGCUGCCCAAAAUCGCCCCGGCCGGGGGCAUCCUGAGCCUGAACGCUGCCCAGCUGGCAGCUGCUGCCCAGGCCAUGCAGACCAUCAACAUCAACGGGGUGCAGGUCCAGGGCGUGCCCGUCACCAUCACCAACGCCGGAGGCCAGCAGCAGCUGACGGUGCAGAACGUGUCCGGCAACAACCUGACCAUCAGCGGGCUGAGCCCCACCCAGAUCCAGCUCCAGAUGGAGCAGGCGCUGUCUGGAGAGAUCCAGCCCGGGGAGAAGAGGAGGAGGAUGGCCUGUACCUGCCCCAACUGCAAGGACGGGGAGAAGAGGGCGACCCAGGCACAGCAUCCCAGUGACAAGAGGUUCGAGUGUGCCCAGUGCCAGAAACGCUUCAUGCGCUCCGACCACCUGACCAAGCACUACAAGACCCACCUGGUCACCAAGAACUUGUAGGGCCUUGGGGGGGACCCACCCCCCACCCCACAGCCCACGGCCAGGCCCAGGAGCACUCCAGAGCCCCCCAGGACGGGGGACCCCGAGGGACGUCCCCAAAGCCUCCAGAGGUGCCAGGGACCCCCCCGGGGUCGGGGGGUGGCUCAGCAGCGCCGGGAGCCCUCCCUGGGAUGUCCCCCAGGAGCUCCCCCAGGAGCCAGGGCACGGGGGAGAGGCCCCACAGCACAUUCCUACUUUGUAUUUAAAUCUAUAAAUAGCUAUAAAUAUCUCUAUGCCCCCUUUGGAAGGUCCCCCUUUUCUAUGGAGAUCGUUGCCUUACGCUCCCGAUUCCCACCCUGUGGAUCAUGAGUGCUUUUCUAAUCUCUAUUUAACCCCCUCCUCCUCCUCAGAUUUCCCAAAACUCAAGGCUUUAUUUUGUUGUUUUGUUCUGUUUCUUUUUCUCUCCCAAAACUCAAGUUUUCUGCUUUUUGUUGUUUUGUGGUUUUUUUUUUUUUCUUCCCCCCCCUCUUAAAAAUUUCUCUCUCCUGACUUUUUAAUUCCCAAGCAACACGGAAAUGUUUUCCUUUGGAAUUUUGGGACUCCUUUCCCCGUGCCCCCUCUGUGUACAGUGUACAUUGUAUCAUAGAUUAUAUUGCUUUGGAGCUUUUAAAUUAAACAAAAAAAAAAAUCCACUUUAUUUUUUAGUUGUAACGAGCCUGAGGGUGUUUUCCCUGGAUUAUGUGAUUGGAUCUGUUCCUGUUUUCUGAACUGUACCUGGAGACAGCCAGGAGCUUUUUCCUUGCUAAAUAAAUUUAGUCACCAGAGGCAAA